AUGGAGGCAACCAACAAGAAGGUGGCGGUGAUUCUGUUCGGACUGGUGGUCGCGAUCGCUUGUUGCGCCGAUGCGCAAACCAUAUGCAACAUGACCUACGCGGACCUGAUGGCUUGCAAGCCGGCCGCGACACCGCCGAACCCCCCGCCGCCCACAAGCGUGUGCUGCGCGGGGCUCUCACACGCGGACUUGAAGUGCUUCUGCAAGUACAAGAGCUCGACCAUCUUCCCGUCGAUGGGGGUCGACCCGAAGCUCGCGAUGGAGCUCCCCAGCAAGUGCAACAUCCCGAAUCCGCCCACAUGCUGA